CACUGCGCGUGGUGAAGACGUCAUUUUUCAGCGACUUGUAGUUUCUUCCAUGAGUUUGUUAGCGAAACUCUCUGGAUUUUAAGGGGUUUAUAUGUGAAAGACGACAAAAACCUAAAGGUGAACCGCUUUUAUUUUCGUAACUUAAACAAUUCUUAACUCGGCUAAAGCUUAACGGAACACGUACGUGUCUGUGUUGAUAGCAGCGUGGCUAAUUCACGUGUACUCGAGAGUCUGUGCUUGGAGCUAACGUUAGCUACUGCUGUCGGACAAGACUACAACUUUUAAGAGACGUUGGGAGACACGGUGGUGUCAUUUAGUGCAGUUGUUUGAAUGGCAGGCAGCAGGAUGAAGCUGGAGCUGUGCCGGGUGGCUCACGGAAGGAGUCGGCUGGGUGUUCUGACAGGUCUCGGCAGGACAUCCCAGCAGUCCUUGGACGUGCCAGGUUGUCUUCUGUACACACACUUUGGGACAGUCCCGCAUCUCACACAAGACACACUGCACACCGUGAGCAACCUUCCCGCUGUCACACAGGUCACCCUGUCUCAUAUAGCUGAGCACCAGGAAGUGUUGGAGGAGUUUAAAGAUGGAUUCAGGAAGUUUGCAGGUCUUCAUGAUACUGUGUUGUACUGUUCACUUCAUGAUCCUGCAGUCCUCUGCCCGACAGGUUACACAACUAACAAGACAGUGUCGGUGUGGGGCAGUGGAGGACGGAUGGAAUUGACGGUGGCUAAGUUCAUGGCUCUGCAGAAGACUGUGCAGCCAGACUGGUACCAGAGCAUGGCCGACGGAGAGACGUGGCAGAGCAACACGUCACGCAAACGUGUUAGAAAGUCUGUGGACCGUACCCUCACACAUUUGGAUGAGUGUCUGCUGGUGCAUCAAAACUCACAGGAGUUGGAGGGAGUGGAGGUGUUCGGGGUGGUAGAGGGAGGAGACAUCCUAGAAGAGAGGGUUCGCUCGGCGAGGGAGACGGCGAAGAGGCCCGUGGCAGGAUUCUGCCUGGACGGCUUCCAGUCGGGCUCCAUGGACCAGGCCCUGAAGACCCAGCUCAUCAGUGCUGUGAUCAAAGAGCUGCCUGAAGACAAACCCAGGCUGCUGCAGGGUGUAGGACGACCUGAUGAGGUGCUGGCCUGCGUUGAGGCUGGUGUGGACCUGUUUGAAGGUUUCUUCCCAUUCCAGGUGACGGAGCGAGGCUGUGCUCUGUGCUUCGACUUCGACGUCUCCCUGGACCCGGAAUGCGCAGGUAGAGCGCCCCAUGCAGUGCUAAAGCUCAAUGACGACCAGAAGGACACAGUGGGAGAGACUCAACAGAAUGGAGAUCCUUGUCUUGAUCAAACACAGAUGACAUCGUUUGAGAUUAAUCUCAACGACAAGAGGUACCAUGAUGACUUCAGUCCCCUGGUAGAGGGGUGUGGCUGCUACUGCUGCAAGAACCACCAGAGGGCAUACCUGCACCACCUGCUAGUGACCAAUGAGCUGCUGGCUGGAGUCCUGCUCAUGAUCCACAACACGGCCCAUUACCACGGCUUCUUUGGUGCUCUGAGAGAGGCACUGGCCAGUGAGAAACUGGACGUCCUCAAGAGACAGGUAAUUAGGCAGAGAGAUUAGCACAUAGAAAGAAAGGAAUAAGAAGAAUAAAUCGGGAGCGGGAUUGAUCUCGCUUCUCCUCCAGAAGAUCACUGGACUCAUUUGCCCGAGGCAAUCGAAACUCUAACUUGCUUUUCACUGUACAGUAAGGGGAUUUAUCGUGAUGCCACGUACACCUUCAGGUUGAGUCACUCCAUAUGUUGCUUUAGUGAUUUCUAUGAAGCAUGUUUCACAGGAUCUGGUCAGACCUGGUAUUAACAUCUGUCCUAGGAGAUUUGGUCACAAGUGGACAGUGAUGAGUUGAAAUGUUCACACCUGGCAUUAACUAGCCAGAUGUGCGCGUGUCUCCUGUGACCACUUGUGAUCGGAUCUCACAUCUCUUGCCUCCUCAUCAUGUCUGCUAGUGAGGAUAAAUUUACAAGUCCUCGUUUUUGUGUCAAUGUUUGUGUGAAGGGUAGAGAGAGAAAAGAAUUGGUAAGACCUGAGUGAAACGAAGCUCCACUCGUGCAGCUGUAACAUGAAAUAAGAUUUUAGUAGUUAUAAAAAAAUAAAUCAUAUGGUGAUGUGUAUUAAAGUUGUUUUGGUGGUUAUGGUGUAAGAGUACAGUGAAACUGCAGUGGAUUGGAGGAUGACAGCAAGGAGGCUUCCUGAGGACAAAUUUGCAUUCACCCAUGCUGAAGAACAUGGCCACGUAUCCCCAAACCUCCUCCAAAUGUGUCCUGUACUUGGAGCUGUCCACUUCUGAUUGGAUCGCACAGUAUGGAUGUUAAUACCAGGUCAUAACAGGCUCACAGGGUCUCCUUACUGCUGUUUGUGCCUUGGGUGUGUGUGUGUGGCCUGGUUUCCCAUCAGUCAGACUGCUCCUGUUGAAUAUAAGCAUUGAUCUGAGCAGAUACGGUUGGGUGCCUGAAGAGUGAAAGGAUAUGGAUAAGAGGUCAAGGGGAAUUUGCAUAAAGAAACAUGAGGAUGGAUGGAGGCUGACUAUUGACUAUGACUGAUUCCCUGUGUGCAUCUUUCUGUGGCCUCAUAGCAGGUCAGUAAAUGACUAAUGUCCUCUGGACUCAUUGACACUGCAGCAUAAACCACAGGGAGAGCAUUCACAGUGACAAAUGAUUACAGAAUAGAAGAAGAAAUCCAAAAUAGAUCCUGCUAUUUUGCUGAUAUUACAUUAAAGAAAUCUUGAGCAUAAUAA